GCUAUCGCAAUCAAAUAUGAUUCUACUUUUGCUCGGUAUUAUUGCCAGCCUAGCAGCUUUGGUGUACCUAUUUUUGUCGUGGAAUUUCGGUUAUUGGGAAAAGUAUGGCGUGAAAGGACUCAAACCGAAACUAUUAUACGGUAACAUACCAUAUCUGUUAACCCACAAACGACAUAUAGUGUAUAACUAUGAUCAAAUAUACAACGAGCAUAAGGAUGAACCUGUUAUCGGUUACUACAGUAUUCGCACACCACAGCUAAUGGUUAAUGAUCCGGAGCUGAUCAAAGAGGUGCUCAGCAAAAGUUUCCACGACUUUGCGGCCAACGAUUUUUCUGAUGCUGUUGAUGAAAAGUCUGAUCCCCUGAUGGCACGGAAUCCAUUCAGCUCGAGCGGCGAGAAAUGGAAAACCCGACGAUCAGAAAUUACGCCCGCCUUCACCAACAAUCGGAUUAAAGCACUCGUUCAUCUCAUGGAUGAGGUUUGCCAGCGGAUGACGAAACAUGUGCACAGUGAAAGUGAUCGAAUCACCGGGGUUGCCACAUUGGACACCAAAGAGCUUACAAAUAAAUACACUACGGACGUUGUGGCCAGCUGCAUAUUUGCUAUCAACGGCCAAUCGUUCGAGAAGGAAAAAUCAGAAAUUCGCGAGAUGGGCAAGCGCAUUAUGAACUUUAACUUUGUUGCCCAGCUGGCUCUCCUGGUAGCAGCGUUCUGUCCGUCGGUUACUCGCUUCUACAAGUUCACUUUCAUCCCGAAGACUACGGAAGAAUUCUUCAUCCGCAUUAUGCGAGAUGCGAUUCGCUAUCGGAGAGAAAAUAAAGUAAACCGAACGGACUAUCUGGAUCAUCUUCUACAACUGCAGGACCGGAAGCAGCUCACCGACAUCGACAUGGCGGGACACGGUGUAUCAUUUUUCCUGGAUGGCGUAGAAACGUCUAGCUUCGUACUGACCUACUGUCUGUAUGAUUUGGCGUCCAAUCCGCACAUACAGGACACACUGCGAGCCGAAAUACGUUCGAUCAAGCAGACCAAACAAGACAAUAUUUCGUAUGAGAGUUUGAUGGAAAUGACAAUGCUGGAGCAGAUCGUUUGCGAAUCGCUCCGCAUGCAUCCCUUAAUUUCCGUACUUCGUAAACGAUGCACCGCCGACACCACGUUGAUUGGACCCAAGGAUCGCAAAAUAGUGGUAAAAAAAGGCACGACGGUCGUUUUGCCGUACUAUUCGAUCAGUUUCGAUCCAAAAUAUUACGAUGAUCCGCAUCGGUACAAUCCGGAACGGUUUUCUCCGGCCAAUGGAGGCAGCAAGGCAUACCGCGAGCGUGGCGUCUACUUUCCAUUUGGAGACGGUCCCCGAAUGUGCCUUGGCAUGCGGUUUGCACAAGCGCAGAUUAAACGGGCAAUCGUUGAAAUUAUUGAGAAUUUCCAAUUGACAGUAAACCGGAAAACACAAGAACCGUUUGAGAUGGACCCAAAAAUGUUCAUACUUAUGCCAAAAGGAAGCAUUUGGCUCGAUUAUAAACCCAUUCCUUAGGUUUGAAAUUGGCUUAAAUUUUAUGAAUUAAAACCGGUAUGCAAGUCAUUCGGUAAUAGCCGUAUUUUUAAGAGUUUUUUUACAUUACAACGAACGUUCAGAGAGAAACAUAGAAUUUUAUUUCAAACCUUAGGUUUAACCAAGUUCAGCCACUCGACUCACAGUCGAGUAAAUCAACACAAACGAAUGAGUAAAUUAGAAACAUAAAUAAGAAUAAAAAAAAUCUUUG